CUGCUGAACGUUUUAAUCGCUGCAGAACUGUAGUGGGUACCUAUUGGAGGCAUACUGUCGAAACUCCGAGGGAAAAAGACCGGUUUAGGGUUCAGCAGCUGGAUUUAACACCGAUCUACCAGAACAAGCUGGACGAUAGGCAGAAGUCAUAGACGUUCUGACAGAUGUUCAAAGCUUUCGCCAGGGUGGCCGCUCGGUCGAUUGCGAUCCAGCUUGAAGAGGCAGCGGCCGCAGCGAAAGCCAAGCAGCCGUACGUGGACCCUACGCCGAAGAUCCAUCAGUACAGUGCCGCAAGCAAAGGCAAGCGCACAGUUGAUGAGGAUAGAUCUGAAGAGCCACCAUCGCAGCAAUUAGAAAGUGGCGUGCCGCAAGCUUCCGGGACACAACAGGCCGAGGCAGUGAGAGAGGAGGAUGUGACCAAGGUCAUCCCUAUUCCAGGCUCUCGGGAGGCUCGACAGGAGAACCCGUAUAUACGCAAAUGGCCGGAGGGCCCUCCAGCUACCAGCUCAGCCAGGCCGGUUGUGCCAUCUCAAAGCUCGAGCUCAGCAUUUACACCUCAAGCCGAACCUAUAGUCACGAGCGGUUCCGCCAUCGAGGAACCGGUUGUCGAGCAAAAGGAUCAGGCUUCCAUAACGCUAGAGCCAACGCGAGCCGAGCCAGAUGAGGCGCCGAUAGAGCCCUCUCAAUUGAUAGACGAUGUGGAUACCGAGACAGCACCUGUUACGCUACGGCCGAGCAAAGUUCCCUCUUCUCGUCUCGGUAGGCUCUUCCAUUACGGAUCCCUGGUCGCUGGUCUAUCCGUUGGAGCUGCAAGUGAAGCCGUUCGACGAACAACCGGGGGAGGCAGCGAAGGCAGUCUGAUGAUGUCAGAGGCCAAUGUCAGGAGGCUCGUAGGGAAGCUGAGCCAGAUGCGAGGUGCUGCCUUGAAGCUGGGGCAAUUUAUGAGCAUCCAAGACACCAACAUGUUACCGGAACAGCUCGAAAGAGUUCUGCAGCAGGUGCAAGCGAAUGCUGAUUAUAUGCCUGAUUGGCAACUCGAGCGAGUAAUGCGGGCAGAGUUGGGAGACGACUGGGAAUCGCAUUUCACAACAUUUCCCCGAGUACCAAUGGCUGCUGCAUCGAUCGGACAAGUACAUCGAGCGGUACUCAAAUCGACAGGGCAGGAGGUCGCGGUCAAAGUACAAUUCCCCGGUAUCCACAACUCGAUUACGUCCGACUUGAACAAUAUCUCGCUACUAUUACGGACGUCUGCGAUCCUACCACGAGGCCUCUACCUGAACAAUACUAUAUCGGUAUUCCGAAAAGAACUGGCAGACGAAUGCGACUACAUCCUAGAAGCGGAUAACCAACGAAAGAUGAAGCGAUUCUUGGAGGACCAGAACGAACAGUUCUUCGAGGUCCCGGCGGUGAUCGAUGAGCUUAGUACGCAGAGAGUCUUGACUACCGAGAUCCAACCGGGCAAGCCGUUGUCCCAGAUCAAGCAGUUCGACCAGGCGUUGCGAGAUAAGAUCGGAACGGCGGUGCUACGGCUUUGCAUCACCGAGCUCUUCCAAUUCCGCCUGAUGCAGACCGACCCCAACUGGGCUAACUUUUUAUACGACAGGAAGCGAGAUAAGCUGGGAUUGAUCGAUUUCGGAGCGACGAGAUCUUACUCGGUCGAAUUUAUGGACAACUGGUACCGACUAUUAUCAUCCGUCAUCGCCGGAGACCGAGCGGCCAUGCAAAAAUACUCCUUGGAGGUUGGUUACCUAACCGGGGAGGAACAUCAGGACAUGGUCGAUGCGCAUCUGCGAUCCAUGGAACUUCUGGCCGAACCUUUCACCAAGGACAGCUACGACUUUGCUCAUCAAUCCGUCACCGACGAGGUCCGAAAGCUCAUCCCGGUCAUGCUCAAACAUCGGCUCACCCCGCCCCCGAACGAGACGUAUAGCCUGAACAGGAAGUUGAGCGGGAGUUUCUUGUUAUGUGCCAAGUUGGGCAGCAAGGUGAAUUGCCGCAAAAUUUGGGAAGAUGUGGUGGGGAACUACAAGCCUACGACCGGGGCUUGAGUGGUCAAGUAGUAGAUGCGCGACCACCAUGCAGCAUGUUCAUGAUGAUGGA